AUGUCACUAACAAAAAGACAGAAAAUUGAUGAUAAAGGAUCGCCGUACCAGUUGACAGUAUCCCAACUUGGGAGUGACUCUUCUUCCAGAACCUCAUCUUUAAUAGAACCGGCCCUUGUGCUUGAAGGUCAUCAAGGAACCGUUCUUGCCUCAAGAUUCAAUCUUGACGGAUCAAUAAUUGCCUCGGGUGGCACUGAUAGGAAAAUUUUUCUAUGGAAUACUCCAACACAAGAUUUCAAGGACUCUGAUGCGCCAUUGAACUUUGUGGUGAUGCCUGGACAUAAGAGUGCCAUAACAUCAAUUCGUUGGUUCAAAGGCGGGGAAUCGUUGGUUACAUCAAGCGCUGAUAGAUCUAUUGGUCUUUGGGAUUUAACUACUGCCAAAAGAAUCAGAAAGUUUGUGGGUCAUGAAAUGACAGUAAAUGAGGUGGACACGGUGAUUAAUUUCUCAAGGGAUGAGCUUAUUGCCAGUGCUUCUGACGAUGGGUGUGUGUGUCUAUGGGACUCUAGAGAAAAGACUUUCGUGGAGAAAAUUAAAACAGACUUCCCGUUGAUGACGGUGGUGGCAAAUAAUGGAUUCAAAGAGCCAAAUUUAGUGUUCACAGCUGGUAUUGAUGCUACUGUGCUAGCAUACGAUGUGAGAAAUGCCAAAGAUCCCUAUUUUGAAAUUGAAAGUUUGCAUUCAGAUGCCGUCACAUCUCUAUCGAUAUCUGAAGAUAAUGGCACCUUGAUUUCAAACUCUAUGGAUAGCAGUAUUAGGGCCUACGAUUGUUCAAUAUCAAAUACUGGCUCUAGAGUGAGGUCGAUUAUAUUGGAAGAUGCCCCUUCAGGAAAUGAAAAACUCUUGAUUAGAUCUCAACUAUUUAAGGGAAGUGAUGAUAGAAAUCUAUUGAUUUCAGGCUCAGGAGAUAACUCUGUGACGAUAUGGGAUUUAGAAGCUUCUAGAAUGUUGGGCAAAUUACAUGGCCAUGAUGGGACAGUCGUCGAUAUCGAUAUCCAUCCAUAUGAGAGUAUCGUAUUAUCAGGAUCGACUGAUGGUACGUUAAUAGUUAGGGAAGUGUGA